GACAAGAUGGCUGCGCCCAGUGACAAAAAAUCGGUUUUAUUUGUUUGCCUCGGCAACAUUUGUCGUUCAACGAUGGCUGAAGCAAUAUUUCUCCAUUUACUACAAGAGAAGGGUUUGAAAGACAAGUGGUCAGUAGAUAGUGCUGCCAUAGAAACGUAUAAUAUUGGUAACGGCCCUGACGGACGUGCCAUAUCAACGCUGAAGAAACAUGGUAUCACAGGCUAUACACAUAAAGCUAGACAGAUUAAGAAAGAUGAUUUUGUAAAAUUUGAAACUAUUUUUGGAAUGGAUGAUGAGAACAUGGAAGAUUUAGAGGGAGUAAAACCGAAGAAUUCAACAGCUAAAAUAGAAAUGUUGGGAACGUAUGAUAGUGAGGAAGAAGAUAUUAUUGUUGACCCUUAUUUUAGUAAUAAGAUUGAGAGUUUUGAGACAGUAUAUCAGCAGUGUGAUCGAGCUUGUCGAAAAUUUCUAGAGUUGAAUUCUUGAUUUUAUACCUUAUAAAUAUUCUGUAUAUAAAUUUACUAUGUAAACUU